GUUCGUCAUGCUGCUCUACGCGCCUUGAUCUGCAGGCCUCUGGGUCAUUUUGGAACCGAACUGCCUGUCGUUGACGGUCAUCUACCCGUGUUCCCUCCCGGCGCCUGUGUUAAUCUCCCUCAUUAGCCCGUCAGCCUCGGGCCCCAUCCACUGUGUCUAUUCUGAGACCGGCGCUUGCAGCUGCUGCCAUGGGUCGAUGUUUGUAUCAUGAUGCUGCAGAAAGUUGGGCAGCGAAUAGCGCCGACCCGGAGAUGGCCUGCUGUCUGGGCUGGUGGCGGAGGGACUUGCCUUUGUGACGGUGUUCAUUGUUUCUUUCAUCUUCAUUGACUCACAGUUGCACAGUUCUUUUGUCUCAAAACUUCUUUUAUCCAGACAACUCUCUUUCUUUGGCCCUAAAUACCUGCUUGACCUUCUGGCUGAGUCUCCUGCUCACGUUCCUACGACUUUCACGCCAUGAAAGAAGCUCCCACCGUAAUGUCGAGGACAUCCUAUCUUGGUAUCCUCGCCAGAAGACCGUCCAUGAUACUGCUGCUCACCCUCGUUGCUUCGACGGUAUCGCCAACGCAGGCCUUUGGCUUACUACCACGAAGCUCCGACUCCUGCCCUACCAACUACGAUCACUGCGCAUCCAGCUUGCCGUCUUCCUUCUGCUGCCCCAGCACCUCCUCCUGCAUCAGCCUGGACGACAACAGUUCCGCCAUCUGCUGCCCCGAAGGAGAGAGCUGCGACUACAUCGAGCCCAUCACCUGUGAUGUGCAGCUGCAGAACGCAACCUCCCACCCCAAGAACUCCGUCAAGACCACCCGGCUGGACGACUCCCUCCCCAAAUGCGGCGACUCCUGCUGUCCGUUCGGGUACACCUGCACCGGGGACUCCAUCUGUGCGAUGAACACAGCCAGCGCGUCCACAGCCACAGCCAGCCAGUCAUCCACGACCGGCUCAACCGCGACUAACACAUUAUCAAACACCUUCGCCACCUCCGCCUCCACCACCACCAAUGACCCGUCCGAUCCCACGAUCAUUGAGACCAGCGAUCCCCGCGUGACCUCCGCCUCCAAGACGGCCAUCUCAGACAGCACCACCAGCACCCACAACAGCUCAGCCGCCGCCCUGUCCGCAAAGACCGCCUCCUGCCCCUCCUACCCCAGCAGCGCCAUCGCGGCGGGCUUCUUCCCCGGCGCCAUCUUUGGCGCCGUACUAGCCCUGUUAUGCGUCUUCUUCCACCGCAGACGGCAACGCAAGAACCUGCCUCCCUCCGCAAAGCUCGCCCAAUUCACCCGCCGCUCCACCAAGGGCACCCUAAUCGGGAUCUCCUCUCCAAUCCCCUCCGAAGAAACCUCUUACCGGACAGACUUCCUGUUGCGUCGGAGCCGAUCCAAGCGGUCCUCGCGCUUCCAACGCACCGGCACAAGAGUCAAAAGCCUGUUCCUCAGCAACAACACCAGCACCAGCAACACCAGCAGCACCAGCAGCACCAGCAGCACCAAUAACACGAACAAGAACCCCCAAAAUACCGUAACCAGAUCCUUCAGCCAAAGGAGCCUGGUUCCAGACCGCGGGGCUCGCGUCCCGGUGCCUGUCCCCCCGUUGCCCAUCUCUGUCACUCCGCUGCAGCCGAAUCGCUCCUUGUCGAAGAAGGGAUUAGCCCGCACCGAGAGUAUCAGGAUAUACACGCCACCAGGGGUUUUCGCUACGACUGGGGUGUUGGAUCCGGACCCGUAUCCGACGCAUAUACGCACGGAGGGGGUGUUUGAUUCGAUGGAGAAAUGAUCUUUCUGCUAUUUUCCUCAUUUAUACUUGGACUUUUUAUGCGUGGUUGUUUGAUUAUUGAGAUGUUUCAUGAUUAUGUAUACUCAGGUUAUCUGGAGUGGUGGAUGGUAAUUGGUGUGAUGUGUGUUUUUGUGUUGUGUUGAGCUGGCUGUUAUAGUGUACAUGGUAGUUGUUUGGCGAUAGAUAGAUACCUCAC